AUGGGAAUUUUUUCAAAUUAUACCUUUGCCUUGCAACUGAGUUAUAGCCUUCCUUUCAAGAAGAAACAAGAAAUACGUCGAUUAAUUACCAAUCAUGAUGGCACCAUCUCCUAUAUCAUCAAUCGAAAAACUCACUUUCUUGUGGUCGAUCAGAAUGAAGACUACCUCGAUAGUUAUAAAGGUAGAACAGCUGAUAAACUGGCUAUCCCCGUAGUAUCAGUGGAUNUUAUACACGCUUGUAACGAGAAGCAAGCAUUUCUCAAUCAUCAAGAAUUUCUUGUAUCCGUUAAAUUGUCACCUGAAUUAUUCGCUCAAGGCAAAGUGGUGGUACCAAAAGUUUCCUUUCAAGAAAAAUCUAAAUAUUCAGCUUUUGAUUUAAACAAGAUACCAGUUUGGACUGACAAUGAUCGCCAUAAUGAUACCUUUCAAAGCCGGUAUAAAGUUCUAAAACUAGUGCUAUUAAAGAAUGAUUCAGGCAGUAAGGAAAAGAAAUUUGCUGGCAUUGAAUUGCAGCAAGGAGAAACUGAAAAUUUAUCCUUUCGUGUCUAUGUGCAUCGUAAGAUUAUUAAAUACGAAAAGGAAGAUGAAAACAUCAAUUUGAGAAAUGCUCAUUGUCAAGAAAUCAAGGAAUAUCGAUAUUGUCCAAAUCUUGAUCAGGCAAUUCAGUUAUACUCCCAUCUAUAUAAUUUACACACCAAGUCACCGUAUCAUAUGCAGAAAUGCUGGACAAGACUUCCAAUUUGUAUUGGUUCAGAAAGAGCAAAUGAGGUUUUAAACUAUUUCCAAUCUGAAACCACAGACACCAUAGUAUCUGAAGAUGUUGCUUCGUUAACGCAAUGUUUAUGGGCAGAAGCCGUAGGAGAAUUAGAUGAAAUAUUAUCAUCAUCCGUGGAAGAGAUUACGAACGAAAAUAUUGCAUCAGCGGAAGGGAUUCUCCUCAAAUUAAAGACCUGCCUAUCCGAAAACCGCUAUGAUCAAAUCAGCAACCUUAGUCAACAAUUUUACUCCUUAAUUCCACACAAAAAUGAUGAUAGAACUAUUGAUUCAUUCCGAUUAAUUAGUGAUAAGCAAGAUCUUUGUCAAUUAAUACGGGACAUCAUUAAUGUUAGUGAAUUAACCGAUUGGAAGAUGGAUAGUAGUAUAAAUGCCAAGUAUAAAGCAUUAAAGUGUGAUAUUCAAAAUUUGGAAGAAAACAGCCAUGAAUUUAAAUCCAUAAAGAAUUAUACUUUAUCAUCCUGGAAAGGCGAGCCUACAACAAUAAAAAUUAAUAGAAUAUUUAGCUUAAGUCGGCAGAGCGAAGAGAGAUUAUUUACUCUUGACAUUGGAAAUAAAAAAUUACUCUUUCACGCUAGCCAUGUUGCUAACUUUGUUGGGAUCCUUUCCAGAGGUUUAUUAAUGCCUAGAAUUGUCGUUAGCAGUCAUGGUGGUAAAAGGUCUGAUGUUGGUCAUCUCGGCAGUGGAAUUUAUUUUGCUGAUUCACUUAACACCAGCUUGCAGUUUACUGAUGUUGGGAAAAUGUCUGGAAAUCGAAUGAUGAUUAUUAGUGAAGUUGCUUUAGGCAAGAGCAAGGAAUAUACUAAUAAACAGACAGAAUUAAAGUCUCCUCCACAAGGUUAUGAUAGCGUAAUUGGAAUUGCUGAAACUGAACAACAAUCAUCCAUGUAUAAGGCAAUACUAGCUAUUUACGAAAAUAACGAAUAUGCUAUAUUUGAUGAAAAGCAACAAAAACUCAGAUAUUUAGUCGAAUUCAACUUAGCUAGCGAUCCGAAAACGACAUCAACGUUAAAAUUAAAUUAUCCGGAAACUUUGCAAGAUCAGCCUGCGCCUUCGCAUCUGUUUCUUGAUAAUUCAGCCGAAAUUGAUAUAACCAAGCUACUAAAUGGGACAGCCAAAAGAGUCAGUGAAGCUGGAUUAAAGACUUCAAAUGAUAUUUCCAUACCAUUAACAGACGUUCAUUUCAGAGCUAAAUUAUUGGAUUUAGCCGCAGAGGUGGUGGUAUUACAAUGCUAUUUUAACAAAUCAUCACAACCAAUUGAAGCAAAAUAUGUAUUUCCUCUGGAUGAUAGAGCAGCAGUAUGUGGGUUUGAAGCCUUUAUCAAUAACAAACAUAUUAUUGGCCAAGUCAAAGAAAAAGAGAAAGCGCAUAAAGAAUAUGAAGCUGCUGUAGCUAGAAAAGAUGGAGCUUACCUAAUGGACGAAGAAUCACCAGAUAUUUUUACUGUCAGCGUUGGGAAUUUACCUCCUAAUUCUAAAGUAUUAAUCAAAAUAACUUAUGUCACCGAGUUGUCUAUGGAAGGUGACUGUUUCGACUUUUUCCUGCCAUCUAAUCUGGCUCCGUGGAAAAAACAAGAAGCACUAUCCAAUGUAACCCAGGAUGCAGUGAGUACGGUCAAGAUUAACGAAGUCAAAUCAGUCAAUGCAACGGUUCAGGUUCGAGUUGAAAUGCCGUUCGAAAUUAGAUCGAUUAGCUCGCCAACACAUCAAAUUAGACAAAAAACGACUGCUACUAAAGCUGUGGUGGAAACUGGACAAAUGACAAAGUUCGAUAAUGGAUUUCGAUUAUUAAUACGAUUAGCGGAAAUUCACGUACCAAGAAUGUGGGUUGAAAAAUAUCCAGAUACUGAUAGCCAGGCAUGCAUGUUAACUUUCUAUCCAGAGUUUGAUGUAACAGAAAAUCCUCGACCAGAAAUUAUCAUAGCUCUAGAUAUGUCAAAUUCCAUGAAGCAAUGCUUAAUGGAUACCCAGAAGAUUGCAGCUUUAAUCUUGACGAAUCUUCCUCCAGAGUGUCGAUUUAAUAUUGUUGUAUUUGGUUCAGCACAUAACGAGCUAUUCCCGAUGUACCAAGAAGUGAGUAAAGAAUCGGUUAAUAUGGCAAUAAAAUUUAUCGGAUCCUUGUCGGCGUCUUGGGGAAAUAGCAAUUUUUACCACGUUAUCGAUAAUUUUACGCAUAUCGUUAAAGAACUAAAAGCCAAUUCCGUUUCUAACGUAUUCUUAAUUUCCGAUGGACAUUUUGGCGAUGAAAAUUCCAUUACUGCCAUUUUAAGGCGUGAUAAAAUAGACAAUUUGAGAUUAUUUACCUUUUCUACUGGAGAUACGAGUAAUCGUUAUUUUAUGCGUACUUUGGCGAAAAUUGGAGCUGGCUAUCAUGAACACUUCGAUACAAAAUUUAGAUCCAAAUGGCAACAAAAGAUACAAAAUCAAAUUUAUAAAGCUUCUCAACCAACAUUAACAUCAGUAGCUGUCCACUGGCAGCAAUUUGAUGAUAAUCCUCAACAACUUAUGCAGGCUCCCGCUGAUAUCGUUAGUUUGUUUAAUGGAUCAAGACAAGUUAUAUAUGGUUUUGUUUCCAAUUGUACGCAGGCUACUUUGGAAGCCAGCAUUGGUGAAAUCCAAAUUUCUACUGUCGUAUCUACAUCCGAAUUGUGUAUCACAACAGGAAGGAUUCUACAUCAAUUGACAGCGCGAGCUCUAAUUCGUGAUUACGACGACGGAGUCUAUAAUAUAAAGCGCACCACCCAUGAGGCUUUUAAAAUAGAUCGGAAAGAAGAUAUCAUUAAAAUAAGCCAACGCUAUUCUAUUGUCAGCCCAUUUACGAGUUUCGUAGCCAUUGAAGAUCGUAGCCAGGACCAAAGUGACCGAAGAGAAUCCUUCGAUUUAAGUAAAUUAAUAAGACUUGAAGACAUCGAUGAUCUAUCUUAUGUGGGUUGGAGAGGAAAGACGCUAAAUGGACACGGUAAUUAUUUUGUUAUUCUAGCAGUAGUUGUAUUUACAUCCAAAAGACGGAAGUAA